AUCUGCCGUUUACAGAUGGAGAAUUUGACUUCAUUCGGUGGGAGGAACUCUUAUCGUCCCUGUGUAGAGUCCUAUGCCCAGGAGGUAUAAUCGAGAUGAUUGAGGAAGAUAUUAUAUUCCCUACUGUUUUGGAGCCUGCAGAUAGUACGAUGGAUGUUGAUGAGAUCAGCGUUGGAGCCUCGUCCAAAAGUAGCAGAAGCGCACCCACAAGUGCUUGGAAGCACAUCUUCAGAGUCAACUACAAUCCACUCGAGGCCACCAAUUUGAAUUCACAACAAGCUAUUCAUAGGCCAGAACUCUCAAACCCCGAAGAGAAUCGCUUGGGAGUGUUCCCAGAAAGUCGAUUCGGUUUGAAUGUACCCCCAACCACUCAUUCCUCAUCCCAUCUUGCUCAUGCUAUCGAAUUCGCAACAGAUCACGCAGUACUUAACUGGCUUUACUCGGCUGUAUGGCAGCGCCGCUGGGUUAAUACCCGACCCACCAAGAUCAUGAGUGCACUACUAGCUAUGCAGGCCGAGCUGGAAGAUGUCGUUUCCAGCGAGUGUAUUGAGAUUGCCAAGCCUGAUCCGGACAGUAAACAGGAUAAUCUCUCGCCCCUUUUUUACCAAGCUAGUAGUGCUGAUGCGGAAUAUCGCCGAGGAGAUGCCUUUGCUCUCCAAACAGGACCCAAGCACAGUACGAGACGACAUGGAGGGAUUGGUAUAGGCCCUUCGGCUCAACAUUUCCAUACGAAUCGAUUACAUAAUGCCACCAAACCUGUUCUCUCCCGUUCUCAAUCUCUCCGCGACGAUCACAAUGAUUGGUCUCUCCCUUUGUCUACGCGCCUGAAGCCUCCGAUCUCAGACGAGACGUGGUUGAAAAUGGAUCCGUAUGCUCAUACAGUCCGUUCGUCAACACCAGCGGUAGCGAGGCAUGUUACGCACGAAGAACGCGACCCCCAGGCCCUCUUUUAUAGUGACAGUGACGAGGACGAGAGGUCAAGCGAGGCUUCAUCGGUCUCUGCACCGUCAACGCCCAGAGCUACAUCUCCUUCAGAAACGGAGAAAGGAAAGUCCCAAGGAUCUCCUAGACUAUCGACAUCAGGUGGCACCUCUCCAGCCGGUAGAGUAGGUAGAAAGGAUAGUAGGAGAAAGAUGAAGACUGCAAUGUCUCGGGCAAAAAGAGCUGGGUCUAUCACAAUUUUCUCGGAGGAGAUCUGCCGUUUACAGAUGGAGAAUUUGACUUCAUUCGG